AUGGCCGACCACGUCGUUACCUCUCACGAGGAGUCUCACCACGGAAUCCUCGACACGGUCAAACAGGCCGUUAGUGACGCCAUCGACACUGCUCAGGAGAAGGUGCAGCCGCUCGUCGACAAGCUCACUUCUGAUGACCACGAUCAUCAUAAAGAAAAUGGCGUUCAUGAUGAAUUAGGUACGCCUUUAGACCAUCCUGACGUUACUCACACUGAUGUUGGUCAUCCUGAUUUCUUGCACAGUGAUGCUACUUCUUUCGAAGCAGACAACCAUGCUCAUUCUGAUUUCGCUCAUACCGUUGAUGCUGCUGCAGCUCAUUUCGAUGACUCUGCAGACCUCCCACAUACUCCUGAUGUUCCCCUGGAUACUGUUGCACUGGCUCACGCCGAAGCUGCUCCAGCUGUGUCUGAAGACGCCUCUCACGCCGUCUCGCCGGUUGCCGAAGAAUCGUUCGUUGCCGUCUCCCACUCCGACCUCGCAGCUGCGCCGGCAGAGCAUGAACAUGACAAGAACAUUGCUUCUGAACAUCCCGACCUUUUCGGCACUGGUCAUGCUGAGCCAGAGUUCCAUGCGGAACACGUUCCUGUUGUAGAACUGGUCUCCGAAAAUCAUUUUGACCAUAAAAACAAGGAACCGGAAGUCCAUAUCGAUCACGUCUCCACUUUGGAGUCGGCUCCAGUGAAUCCCGAGGCUGACCAAUUCGAACACGUUUCUCACGGUGACGUUCCUCAUCAUCUGGACGAAGUCGUCGACCAAGUCAUUGCCACGAAUCUUUCUGACGCCGCCGUCGAUCUUCACGACGUCGAGCCGGCUUUCGACAAGGUCGAAGUUGCUGCUGACAACGCUAAGGUAUUGGUUUGGCAUCGUUUUUUGCAUUUAUUUUAAUUGGGUUUUUCAGUUUUCUGUGCAGGCUACUGUAACUAUUUUGAAAAAUUGAGACUUGAUUAUUCUUCAAAAUCUACAAUAAAAGAGAGAAGAUAAUACUCUUUAAUGUUAUUUUUUCUCGAAGAUAAGCUUUAUAUUCAUGAAUAUGGCACACGACUGAACGAUUUCAUUCUUUUUUUUUCUGCCGUUCCUAUUUUUUUCUAUCCACUCGAUUGCCUGCACUGAAUGGGCUCGAGAACCGGAGGAACGUCUAAUUACAUUGUUCUCGCGACGGAAUUGGCUGAAACCGAGGCCAAUUUAACUCACAAAAAUUGUGUCCGAAAGAGGAAACCCAGUCUUAACAAGAAUUUUUUUUUGCAAACAAGAGCAGACGUUUUCGAAUCGUUUCUGCGUCAAAAAAAUUAAUUGAAAAAUUUCAAAUUAUGGGAAAAAUUAUAUGCUAAUCGUAUGAAUUUUAGCAUUGGUCCCAAAAAAACCAAAAAAAGAUGUUAUUUUUUUGCGAAAGAUAUAGGCCAAAAAAAUGAACAGCAGUUUAUUCUUUUUACAAGUAAAAUAAAGCUUGACAGCCCCUACAGUAAGCCUUACUGAUUUUCACCUAAUUAGUUUCAAAGUGAACAGUUUUGAAACAUUUCGCUUCUUUUUUGUGCUUCGUAUGAGGAAAAUAAAAUCAUAAAGAAAAACUGAAAAGGAAUAAAAUAAAAUAUUUAGCAACAAAUGUGGAUAAAAAUUUUGAGUACUAAUUGAUUACUCAAACGAAGUAAGGAAAGUCAUCGUUCCAGUAAUGAAAAAGUUUUUCUGGCUUUCGUUCUCUCUCUCGGCCUCACAGCUUAUGUUCUCACUCAGCGAUUCAUCAUCCUUUAAACACGCAGCAUAUUUCAUCCGUCUGCUCAGAAAAUAAAUCACCGACCGGAAACCUCAGCUCUUAAAAAAAAUAUCAUGCGAAGCCGUCAACUCGAAAAAUUACACACCGUCUCUCCGCCUGUAAACCCUUUACACUUGGAAAACGUGACAGAACGGUGUGACAUGUCAAUUUGUCAAAUUUUUCCGGCCCCGUUUUUUACUUUGAUUAACCUGGCGCGAUCAAUGAGUUGGAGAAAAAGAAGAUCUUGGCGACGAGAGGCGAAAAACGAGGCACCGCCCAGGUUUCGCCUCGACGACGUCGUCGACAGGUGUGGCGACGUUGCCGCAAAGCAUGUUGUUUUCUUUCGCGCCGCCCGUCUUUCACGUCUUCAUCUUCUUCCUUUUUUCGAGUGGUGCGACCUCUCAGAUAGGCAAACUAAACGUAAAAAUUCCAACGUGAUGAAUAAAAUUACCUUCUUGAUCAAGGCGCAUAGACUAAAUUAAAAAGGUCUCAUCACGCAUUUCUUCAAACAAAAACCCAGCAAGCCGUUUUGAACUGACUACAAUUCAAAACAGAAUCGGAAAGGCUUUCUCUUCUUUUUAAACUACUAGAAAAUGCAAUGAAAACAAUUGAAGUGCGAUUUUAAACACAAAAUUCAAAGUAAAAUGCUUCUCACAUUUGCCUUGCCUUUUUUUCUAUGAAUUUAAAAAGGAAACUGAUUUCUUUUAGUGAGAAAGACACGCUAUUUGAAAAAAGAAAUUUGAUUUAGUAAAAGAAAGACCCCAAAACACUUUGAUUUUGAAUCUAUUUUGAAAUUUAAGACCGCUUUUUUCCUUUCUAUUUUUCCAACCGCGCGAACGGAAGUCUAAGAUACUUCCUGCCGAGAACAGAAAACGUGAGAAAAACAUUUUGCAUCCGUCUUUUUCUCUCUUUUUCUUUGGUCGUAGUUUCUCAAGCAAAAAAAAAAACAAGCGUUUGUCGCCAGCGAAACGCAAUAUCUCGCCUCGAUUGCUACAUUUGAAUCUCCUUGUCGAAUGCUUGAUUGUUUUGUUUCGAGUGAAGCGACCUUCUCAGUCUAAACAGAAAAAAAGCGAUACACCAAAAAUUCCAGUAAAAGUCAGAGCAUUGUCAGAAAACUACUUGAAAAUUCGAAAAAAAACCGCUUUUCCACCUUUUGUUAACGUUUUAACAAAAUUUAAAAAAACUGUUUAAUUCUACUCUUCUAACUACUGUAUUGAAAUAAUCAAAAAAUCUAACGUUUUAGAAGCGUAAGAAGAACGCAAUGAAACAUUUUUUGAUAAACGGGAGUUCAUUUCCUCACUUACCCGUCUCACUUCCUUCCAGCACAAUCAGAGCUGCGUCUUUUCCCAUUUCUUACGCCCUUUUUCAGUUUCUCGGUCCAAAGUUUCCACUUUCAAGCUAUAUUUCCAGAUCGCCAUGGCCGAUUUCCCUGCCCAAGACGCUCAUCUCGAGGCCUUCGAAAGCAAAUACGUAAGCUUAAAAAUUCAUACAAACUUUGCUCUGAAAAAAUAUUUCAAGUGCCAAGAAAUAGAUUGAAACUGAAGAAAGAAGCUUCUUGAUCUCUUUUUGGUUAAAAUUGCGCCGAAAGAAAAUUGGUUUGAAACCGCAGCGACGACUUUUUGUCUUCGAGUUCCUACGACGGCAGAUAGCUGCUGGCUGUAACAUUUUUUCGCACGUCUCCAAGGUCGCGUCGACACGCCUGUUUAUAUUGUCUUUUCCUUGCACGGUGUGGACAAGGCAAGACGAUAAAAAAGGCAAAGAAGAGAACUGGAAAGCGGCAAUUGAAUGUUAGUGUGCGUAAAAGAGAGAGAGAGAGAGAUUGUUUGAAAAAAGCUUCUCAUACUUUCAAAAUAACAGGAAAUAAUGGACGAAAUUACAGCCGGUUCCGUACCGAAGCAAGCUCACCGAGCCUUUUGAGCCUGGACAGACGCUCAUCGUCAAGGGAAAGACUGGAGAAGACUCUGUUCGGUUGGUUCUUCUUUUAAAAAACCUUAGAAAAACAAAUUGAAGGCCAAGGCUCUUCAUAGGUAAUUGGGUCGAAACAAAACAAUAAUUCAUUCCCCUUUGACAAAACUUCUGGUACACACAGAUCCUUCUUCCUUCUCGAAAACUCCAGAUGUAACAAUCAAUAAAAGUAGAAUUUAGUGUGACUAUCAACUUGCACAACAGCACCGCCGACUUCUCCGGAAACGACGUGCCGCUCCACAUUUCGAUCCGCUUCGACGAGGGCAAGGUAUCCAGAAACCGUUAGCAAGUUGCGAUGCUUCAUGAAUCCUUCUCAGAUCGUUUUCAACACUUUCUCGAAAGGCGAGUGGGGCAAAGAAGAGCGCAAGAGCAACCCCUACAAGAAGGGAGACGACAUCGACAUCAGGGUCCGCGCCCACGACAGCAAGUUCCAGAUCUUCGUCGACCAGGCACGUUCCAGGGAGCUGAUUCUUAGAAGGAAGAGUUUCAGAAAGAGGUAAAGGAGUACGAGCAUCGCGUCCCUCUUUCUUCCAUCACACACUUCUCCAUCGACGGAGACGUUCUCGUCACGCACGUCCACUGGGGUGGCAAAUACUACGUUUGUUUUCCUUUUCGAAGUUCUCUUAAGUUUGAAUGAAUCUCUUUAGUACGAGAGACAAUUGAAAGGUUUCUUUUCUGGCCGCUGUCCUAGAACUGCGACUUUGAAGCCUAUUUUUUUCAAAAAUUUAAAAGUUUUUGUUUUCUAAAGCUUCAAAUAUAAUCAACUCGCGGGUACUAAUGAAUAGUGUGCUUCAAAUUCAAAUAUUUUCAUAAGCUGCGAAAUCAAAAUCCAGUUUCUAACAAAGUUUCUAUUGAAUUCAUGUCCUGUUGCGAAACGCAGCCACCUGAGCAAACUUUUAAAAAAUAAAGCUUUUGUUCUUAAAACAAGGCGAACAACAUAUUUACCAUUGGCAACUGAGCCUUAUUUCAACUCAUACCCCUGAAAUAGUAGGAGAAUGACCAAAAACAGAAGAAAAGUAAAACAAAAAGCCGAUUUUCAGCCAGUUCCCUAUGAGAGCGGACUCAGCGGCGAAGGAUUUAGCGUCGGAAAGUCGCUUUAUAUCUUCGGAACCCCAGAAAAGAAGGUUGAGCAAUUCUCGUUUUUCUUUGAACUCUAUAAAAUUCAGGGCAAGAGAUUCCACAUCAACCUACUGAAAAAGAACGGCGAUAUCGCUCUUCAUUUCAACGUUCGUUUCGACGAAAAGGUCAGACUGUUCUUGUGGCACAAAAAAGCAGAAACUUUCUUCAAAACUUGGUCAAUAACGAGAGAAGAUUACAGGCGGUUGUUCGCAACUCUCUCAUUGCCAAUGCCUGGGGCAACGAGGAGCGCGAAGGCAAGAUUCCCUUCGAAAAGGCCACUGGCUUCGACCUCGAGAUCAAAAACGAGGACUACGCUUUCCAGGUGACCAAACCUACUUCUCAAAAUCCUCGCAAUAGACAUUUAUUUUGAAAGCAUAUUAGUCUUUAUUCCAAAUAUUCAGAUCUUCGUCGACGGCGAGAGAUUCGCGUCCUACGCUCACCGUCUGACGCCUCGCGAGCUCAACGGCAUCCAGAUCGGCGGCGACGUCGAGAUCACCGGCAUCCAGCUCCACUAG